CGCCGCCCGGCCCUCGGUGUCGCGCAGUGCGGACAUAAACACGGCGAGGCGUGACCUCUGGCGGGACGGGGUGGGGAGCGGGCCGGCUGAGCGAGUUAAAGGUAGGAUCCAGAAAUGAGGAAGGUUUUGCUCGUGGAGCCGGUCAUUUUCGUCUACGUAUUCGCAAGUUCCCUGACGGGCCCGGUGGUGCAGCAGUUCAUUUACCGAAAGCUGUGGGAAGAGGAGUACAACUCCACCGCCAUCAGCAGCGACAACAGCAGUCACUGUGUGCGAAACAAGAGCAGCCCAACUUAUGUCAUGCAGAAGGGAGUUCAAGAAAAGACUUCUCUUUUUAACAUGCAGCUGGACUUAACGGGGGCAGUUCCCAGCCUGAUAGUUGCUUUUAUCAUUGUAGCUAAUGGGGAUCACCAGGGACGAAAAAAGUCUUUGGUUUUACCAUCAACUGGAGCUUUGAUUGCAGAUAUUUUCCUGACUGUAAUAUCAUACUUCUCCUUGCCAAUCUCUGUCCUGUUUUUUGUUACAUUUAUUUCGGGACUGUUUGGGAGUAUGGCAACUUUGCUUGGAGGAGGCUUUGCUUAUAUAGCAGAUCAGUGUCAUGAUGAGAAACAGAAAACAAAACGAAUAGCUGUGGUUGAUUUAAUUUUUGGAGUUGUAUCUGGAUUGGCAGGACUGUCUUCUGGGUACUUUUUAAGAGAAAUGGGCUUUACAUGGAUAUUUGUGACAGCAUCUCUACUUCACGUUGUUAACAUUAUCUAUAUUAUUUUUUUUCUGGAAGACACAGUGCACAUAUCUGAAUUGCAGCAACAGGCACCAUUGUCUUAUAAAGAAUAUCUGAAAGAAACAUUUUCUGGAGUGUACAUGCUUUUUAAAACUGCCCCUUCUAAAAAGAGAAUUUUAAUCAUUGUGUUACUCUUUAUAUUUAUGACUUAUUUAUUUACUAUGUAUGGGGGGGGUUCCCUUUUUACAUUGUAUGAACUGGACGAGCCACUGUGCUGGACUGAAGUGUACAUUGGAUACGGAGCAGCUGCAUUCACUUCUGUCUCUCUGACCAGUUUUUUGGGAGUUUACUUCUUUUCCAAAUGUCUCAAAGACAUUUACAUUGUAUUUAUCGGGAUAUUUUCUUACAUUGGAGGAAUUGUCAUGGCUGCCUUUGCCAAAACAACCCUGCUCAUGUUUUUAGUAAGAUUGCCAUCUUUAUUCUGCAUUAUGCCUGUUCCUGUUCUCCGAUCCAUGCUGUCAAAAGUGGUUCUCCCCAGUGAGCAGGGUGCUGUGUUUGCUUGUAUUGCCUGUUUAGAAAUUUUGACUGGCACUAUUUCACUUGCAGUCUUUAAUGUUAUCUAUGCAGCUACAGUUGCAUGGUUUUCAGGCUUUAGCUUCCUCUUGUCAGCCAUCCUGUGUUUAAUUCCACUGGGCGUACUGUGCUGGCUUCUGUGCACAAGCUGGAAUGAGGAGGACUUGGCUCUGCUUGUACCUGAAGAAGUAUCCAGCAUAGACAGCGUUGAUAGUUGAACAGAGGAGUCACCAACUGUUUGGCUUUUCUAAUCUGACGUGCUGUGGCAAAGGCCAUUGUGUCAUACUGACACCAUAGAGAUAACUCAUGAGUUGCGGAUGAAAUCUAAAACUGGCUGCACUAAGCACUCAAUUGAUAGCACUUUACAUCCAGUCUUUUUUUAGCACUUGAAUGAACCUAUCUCCUGUACUUAACUAUGCAGAUAGGCCAGCAAUGGAGAUUUUAAUGCUGCUUUCAGCGUGGUGAAAAAAAGUAAGGUAGGCUGAUUGUCUUUUGCCACUUACCCCAUCUCAAAUUUGAAAAUAUAAGCUGUAGAUUAUGAUA